AUGGUAAUGGCUAGCCUAACAACACAAUUACUGACCGUUUCGAUUCUAUCAUUACAACGACAGCUAUUGCAUUAUGAAAUUGCAUCCCGAUCUACAUGGAAUUCUGAAUAUGAUUUUAUUAUUAUUGGUGGGGGAGGUGCUGGAGCCAUAGUAGCCAGACGUUUAUCUGAAAAUUUAUCCGGAAAUGUUUUAUUAUUAGAAGCUGGAGGAUCGGAAACCGCUGCUUCUGAUAUCCCAGCCCUGUAUUAUGAAUGGGUAGGAAAUCCGGAUAUUGAUUGGAAUUAUCCGAUGCUGUAUCAACCGAAUUUAGGCCAGGCAUAUCAAAUGCCAGCCCAUAUGUCCGUAGGUAAAGUGCUUGGCGGUUCUACGACAAUUAGUGGAAUGGUUUACAAUCGUGGAAAUCCACGUCAUUUCGAUGAAUGGGAUUAUCGUUUUGGAUGUAGAGGAUGGAACUAUAAAAACAUUUUGCCUUAUUUUUUACGUAUGGAAAACCAAACUGACCGAAAUUAUCGACUCAACCACAAUUUUUUUGGGCCAAUUUCCGUUUCAUCGGAUUGGGCAGAAUCUAAUAAUUUACCUUCUCAUAUAGCUUACAUAAAAACCGCUCAACAGGCCGGCUAUCCGUUAAUCGAUGUCAACAAUGGUCUUACUCAAAAUGGUGUCACAUUGUUUGAACACACAAUCAAUCAAGGCAUUAAAGUAACAAGUUCGGCCGCAUACCUAAAUUCUAAUCGUAAUCGAAGCAAUUUGCAUAUCGUAACCAAAGCACAUGUAACUCGAAUUUUGUUUGAUGGGACAACAGCUACAGCCGUGCGUUUCCAACGUGCCGGACGUAAUUAUACAGUCAUGGCCAACAAGGAAAUUGUGGUGUCUGCUGGUACGAUUGCGUCUGCUCAAUUACUAAUGUUAAGCGGAAUAGGACCUAGAGAGCAUUUGCAACAGUUGGGUUUAAGAGUUGUAACGGAUCUUCCGGUGGGAAAAAAUCUCCAUGAUCACAGCAAUACCAUUUUAUAUUUUGACGUUCCUGAUCAACGACAAUCAUAUGAACCAGUCUCAUUGACUGUGCAGAAUUUGUAUAACUAUUAUGUCAAUAGUCGUGGACCAUUGACAAUGUUUCCAAACGCUGCUACUUAUUUAGUCAGCGAUCAGAAUAACGAUACAGAAUGGCCAGAUAUUAUGACCGAAAUGGUUAGAAGCAAUAAUCGUUGGGAUAAUCUGACAACUAUUUUAUCACAAUAUCCACCGGAACAUCAACAAGCCUGGACUGAGUAUUGGGGACCAUAUGUGGGGCGUAGACUUUUAUCAUUAGAUGUACAAUUGGUUAGACCGCGUGCACGUGGAACACUGCGGUUAAAUUCAACUGAUCCUUUUGACAAUCCGUUAAUUGAUCCCAAUUACUUGGGCGACCCUAGAGAUAUGGCUGCCAUGAUCAAUGGGAUAAAACAAGUAUUGACUAGGAUCACAAAUCAAGGACCAUUUGCCCAUUUAGCAAAAUUUAUUGGUAAUCCGGUUCCGGGAUGUGAAAACCUUUGCCCUUUGAAUGGUGCAUUAUGUGAACGAUAUAUUGAAUGCUUUGUCCGGAAAACGUCUGUGGCAGUGUUUAGACAUGCUGGUACAUGCCGAUGUGGUUCCGGUUCCGAUCCAAAUGCUGUGGUUGAUGAAAGACUAAAUGUUCUAAACGUUAGUAAGUUACGCAUCGUUGAUGCAUCGAUCAUGCCGCAAAUCAUAAAUGCCAAUUCCUGGAUCGCUACUGCCAUGAUAGCUGAGCGCGGAGCUCAAAUGAUUCUCGAUGAUAAUGAUAUUUAAAACAAACAAUUGAAUUUUGACUUUUUAUUGAUUUUAAUA